AUGGAGCCCACCGCGCUGUCCCUCACGGAGGAGGACCUGACUGAAGUGAAGAAGGACGCUUUAGAAAAUUUGCGUGUAUAUCUGUGUGAAAAAAUCAUAGCUGAGAGACAUUUUGAUCAUCUGCGUGCAAAAAAAAUACUCAGUAGAGAAGACACUGAAGAAAUUUCUUGCCGAACAUCAAGUAGAAAAAGGGCUGGAAAAUUGUUAGACUACUUACAAGAAAACCCCAAAGGACUAGAUACCCUUGUUGAAUCUAUUCGGCGAGAAAAAACACAGAACUUUCUGAUACAGAAGAUUACAGAUGAAGUGCUAAAACUUCGAAAUAUAAAACUAGAACAUCUGAAAGGACUAAAAUGUAGCAACUGUGAACCUUUUCCAGAUGGAGCCACAAACAACCUCUCUAGAUCAAAUUCAGAUGAGAGUUAUUUCUCUGAAAAACGGAGAGCGUCCACUAUGUACCAUCCGGAAGGAGAAUCCAGCACAGCCCCCUUUUUUUCUACUAAUUCAUCUCUGAAUUUGCCUGUCCUAGAAGUAGGCAAAACUGAAAACCCUACAUUCUCUUCAACUACACUUCCCAGACCUGGGGACCCUGGGGCUCCUCCUUUGCCCCCAGAUUUGCAACUAGAAGAAGAAACUGGAAACUCUAGUGAGAUGUUUCUUCCCUUAAGAUCACGUGCUCUUUCGAGGCAAUGA